AACAUUCUAAUCAUGGGUGCACCUGGAGCCGGGAAGACCACCGUGGGCCGGAUCGUAGCCCACAAACUGGGUCUUCCGGCCGUUGAUGUGGACGACGACGUUUUGGAGACCACGUGGAAGAUGCCCGUCGCCGCUAAGCUAGCUGCCGUUGGCGGUGAGCGUUUUCUCCAAGAGGAAGGCCAGGUUUUGUGUAACUUCUCGGCUUCCGGAUGCGUGGUUUCCUUGACAGGCUCCAACCCGCUUCACCCCGAGGCCAUGCGGCACGUCAAACAAAGCGGCACUGUGGUCUAUCUUGACGUGGACGGUGGUGACAUUCUGCAGAGGCUCCACAGGAUGAAGGUGGACAGGAUUGUUGGACAAGAGGCGGGGCAGUCAUUUUCAGACAUCUUAAAGUACAGGAAGCAGUUUUAUGAGCAGUGGUUGGACAUUCGCGUGCUGUGCGGUCGAGGGGACACGCCGGAGGAAAUGGCCGAGAAGGUUCUACAGGCUGUGGAGAGAUUUUACAAUCUCACCGCAGAGACCUUCGUGUCCACCAGAGCUGACGGAGAAGAACGGAAAACGUAUUUCAGUGACGUGGUGGUGGAGGGUCUUGCUCCAGAUGGCGGUCUUUACGUACCAAAGAACGGGUUCUCAAAGAUAGCUCCACGCGAAUGGCUGAGGCUAGUUGAUAUGUCUUAUCCAGAGCGAGCGUUGGUGUUACUGGAGAAGUGCAUCCACCCGUUGGAAGUAUCUGCUGUGGAUUUGAGAGAAAUGGUCUCCAAGGCGUACGGCUCCAGUUUUUCUAACGAGGAUGUUGUGCCUGUCAAACGCCUGAUGGACGAUAUGUACAUUCAAGAGCUGUUUCACGGUCCCACCGCGUCCUUCAAAGAUCUAGCCUUGCAGUUGAUGCCCCAACUCUUCGCCUACUGCUUGCCACCCAUGUGCAACUACUUGAUCCUGGUCGCCACCUCCGGAGACACGGGCAGCGCCGUUCUCAGCGGCUUCGGCCGUCUACGAGACGAAGAUAGACGAAAGACGGCCGUGCUGGUCUUCUUCCCGGAGGACGGCGUCAGUCGCAUCCAGAAACUGCAGAUGACCAGCUUGAGCAGGAGCCACGCCAAGGCCGUUAGCGUACGCUCCGACUUUGACUUCUGCCAGAGGAGCAUCAAGAGGAUGUUCGGCGAGGCGGGACUGACGGGACACCUCGCGGUGGAGUUCGGCACUGUUCUAAGCACCGCUAAUUCCAUCAAUUGGGCGCGUUUACUACCACAGGUGGUUUACCACUCCGCCACCUAUCUCAACCUGUGCCGUAGUGGCGCGAUCCAGUUCGGAGAUCCCGUGGACCUCUGCAUCCCGACCGGUAACUUUGGCAACGCCAUGUCCGCCGUCUACGCUAAGCAAAUGGGCGUCCCUAUCCGGAAAGUCAUCUGCGCGUCCAACUGCAACCGGGCCGUGUCGGACUUUAUCAACACGGGCGAGUACGACCUCCGUGAACGUCGACUGAUGCCCAGCUGCUCCCCGGCCAUCGACAUCUUGAAAUCUUCCAACCUGGAGAGGUUCGUUCAUCACGUUUCGGGCGGUGACGGCGCCCUCGUCAAGGACAUGUUUUCGAGUUUAGAUGCGCGGCGGCGCUUUACUCUCCCGGAUUCACUGCUUGGCAGGAUGCGACGUGACGUCCGGGCCGGCUGGUGCUCGGAACAAGACUGUCUGGCCGCCAUAUACCACGUUCAUGCUCGAUCCGGAUACAUCUUGGACACGCACGCGGCCGUAGCUAAAGUCGUAGCGGACAGGCAGCGGGAUCGCACUUGCCCCGUGGUCAUUAGCGCCACUGCUCAUUACGGUAAAUUUGCGCCUGCCGUGUUUGAAGCUUUACGAGUGGAGAACAUUCCGGACAAUCCUUUGGAACAGCUGAAAAGGCUGGAUUUUGCUGCAUCCAAACCGGAAAAGCACCAGAAACUGAUGGAGUGCCUGAAAAACAGAAAUGGACGAGAACAUGCAGUCUGUGAAGCUGAUUACAGUGUUUUGGUAGAACAUGUGGAGGCCAUGAUAGAGGAAUCCUUCCUUAAAGUCAUGGAGACAUGA